AUGUCGAAAGAAGACUGUCUUCAUGAGCCCCUUAUCAAUGAAUCCAACAAUUCAGAUCAUGACGGAUAUCUUCCAGACCGAGAGCCAGGCGAAUUUCAUCAUGGCCAUGGUACAAAGAGUUACGAUUUCUUUUAUAAGGCCACAAUAACGUCAUUGGUACUUAUUCUUGCUAUCAUUUCUACAUUAUUAAUAAGAGUGGAAACGCAAUUCCAUCACAGGGUUGAUCAAACCUGCGCUUCGCAUACCACAUCAUGGUCUCAUUGGCCUGUACAGGGCGGCUUCAUUGAUUAUGUCUCAAUACUUAUGAAGAUCUUAGCUCCUCUCCUCCGAGAUACUCCCAUCACAUAUAGAACUCAUACGUUUGACGGUUCAUUCAUGGAUGAGAAUAUUUAUCGGCAAGAAGGAUCCCCAGAAGUCGAUGCAGCCUGGGAAGCGCUUGGAGUUGAUUCUCGAGCCGGGAUUAUUUCCAAAGAAGACGGGCUCGCUAGUGGCCUAGACUCUUCAUUUGUACAGCGGGCAGACAAAUAUGGAGGGGGAUUCCUUGUCAAUGUCGAGGGAAUGCAUCAUUUGCACUGCUUGAACUUACUCCGAAAGUCUCUGUACUUUAAUUACGACCACUACAAGAACCUUGGUCACCACGCGUUCAAGAACGAGGAGCCAAUCCUCCGCCGACAUGUUACUCAUUGUCUCGACACAAUCCGUCAAGUGUUAAUGUGCAAUGUCGACACGGGAGUCCUAGGUCAAGUCUGGGCUAACCCCAAUAACCCAACGGCGUUCCCCGACUUCAACACCAAGCAUGUAUGUAAAAACUACGAGGGCGUAAGAAAGUGGGCGGAGUCUAUUCAAGCCCCUCCACAUGACCAAGUUCCCGAGGACUUCUUGGAAACGCCAAGUUCAGAAGAUAUCCUGCUUGAGAUACCAUAG